AUGCCGGCUUGCAUCAAUACAAAUGAAUAUACAGAGUUGAGCUAUAAGUGUUUAGAGAUAAUAAUCCUUAAACUAUUACGAAAUCACCAAACCAAGGAUAUGUCGUCAAACAAACUUAAAAUCAUUGAAAAAGACGCUUUUAAAGGAUUAUGGUCAAUACAGACAAUAGAUUUAUCCCGUAAUAUGAUUCGUGAUAUUGAAGCAAGAGCUUUCAAAAAUUUAACACAACUAUCAACGCUGGAUUUCUCCGAUAACAACAUUAAUAAGGUUCCUCAUGGUCUUUUCGAAUCACUGCAAAGCUUAGAGAAUCUAGAUUUGACCAAUACCAAUUUUUCAACAGCUCCCGGCGAUAUUCUCCUAAAUGCAGCAAAUCUACAAAUAUUAAAUGGUGGUGGUUGUAGCUUGAGUAGACCACUACCUAAUUCACUUCGAAAUAUGAAAGAUCUUAUUAAACUGAAUCUUUGCGUUAACGAAUUGUCUUCUAUCCAAAAUGAUUCUCUGCUUGGUUUAGAAAAUUUGAAGGAAUUAUCCUUAGAAACAAAUAGCAUCCAUCACAUUGCACCAGCUGCCUUUAAUCAUUUAGCAUCGUUGGAAAUUUUAUUACUGAAUGGCAAUCUCUUAGAAAUGGAUGAACUUUACUCCAUUCAAUUUGAUGGAAAGAAUUUGACAUUAAGUAAUAAUAAAUUUACUGAAAUUAACUUCAAACAAUUUCCAAAUAUUAAAACUGCUUUCUUGGAUUUAAGUUGGAAUUACAUAACUCAUGUCCGUAACUUUGUCUUUAUGCCGUCGUUAAAUAAACUGGAUAUAUCUGCGAAUCGAUUAGAUUCAAACUCAGUUUUGAAUUUGGCAAAUUUAACUGGUUUAGAAACAAUUUAUCAUACAUUAGGCACUUCUACUCAAGUAACUUCGCUAUGCUUAGUAGAUAUUCCCUAUUCGUAUACCGAAGCAAAGUCUACAAGAACACAGUAUAGGACAUACGUAGAAAAGAAUUAA